AUGGGCCACCCGCUGCGCUCCGUCCGCGGGAUCGAGCGCCGGCUGGACGCCGUCGAUGAGCUGGCGGGCUCGUCGCUCGCCACGUCAGCGCUGUCAUCCGCCACAUCAGCAGCACACGCACGGGGAGAAAUCCGGGUGGCGAUGAGGCGGCUGCCGGAUCUGGAGCGCCUGAUUGGUCGAAUGAGAGCAAUGGGCGCCCAUGCUAAGGAGGCGCUACCUGGACCAAUGGCGGAGCAGCUGCUGAGGAAGCAGGUCACCCACUUGUGCUCUGCAGUGCGAGGGGUGCGCGCAGCCCUGCUCUUCCUUGAUUCCCUUCUCAACGGAUCGCUCACGGGAGAGCCUGUUGCCUUUCGCUCCGCCAUCCUACGUGGCAUCAUGCGAUUGGCUCCUGCUGCCGCCUCUGCUGACAGCAGAGAGACUGACCCGGAAGAGGAGGAGGAGGAUGAGGGAGGAGGUGGAGGAGAAGGGGCAAGGCAGGGGGAGGGGGAGGAGGAGGAGGAGGAGGAGGAGGAGGAGGAGGAGGAGGAGGAGGAGGAGGAGGAGGAGGAGGAGGAGUAG